GGCGUGCUCUGGUCACACUGAACUAGAGAUGGACUUGAAUCAAGCUUUUUAACAAAUCAUAUUUUGCUCCCAGUAAUCAGUUCGUGCUCUGGAAUCUGGCGCAAUGGUGUUCUACUUCAAGAGCAAUGUGAUCCAGCCGCCGGCGAUGCUCUACAUGGGUCGCGACAAACACGAAAAUGAAGAGUUGAUCAGAUGGGGAUGGCCGGAGGACGUGUGGUUCCAUGUCCACGAUCUGUCCUCGGCCCACGUGUACCUGCGGCUCCGGAAGGGCCAGACAAUUGAUGACAUACCCACCGAUGUGCUGGUGGACGCCGCACAGCUGUGCAAGGCGAACAGCAUUCAGGGCAACAAGGUGAACAACCUGGAGGUGGUGUACACCAUGUGGGAGAACCUGAAAAAGACGCCGGACAUGGAACCCGGCCAGGUGGCGUACCACAACGAGAAGGCGGUGCGUCGCAUCCGCCUGGAGAAGCGCAUCAAUGAGAUUGUCAAUCGACUGAACAGAACCAAGACGGAGGAGGAGCACCCCGAUUUUCGGGGACUGCGCGAGGCGCGGGAUGCCGCCGAGCGUCAGGAUCAAAAGAAGCUGCAGCGCGAGCGCCGCGAGCAGGAGAAGGAGGCCGCCAAGCAGCGGGAGCUGGAGGCGGAGCUACGCAGCUAUGCGUCCCUCCAGAAGUCGGAGAACAUGCGCACCAACUACGAUGCCGGCAACGAGUCGGAUGACUUCAUGUAGUCCCCGGGGGCAGGACCAAGUCCAUGUGCACCCACGCAUUUACCCAAAACAUCUAUCGCCAUCCUCUACGUUUCUUACUCUAAAAACCGCAAAUCGUUUUGUAAAUGUCACAUUUUUGGUUCUUUAGAAAAUGUGCGGAAGGCAUUGCCAAAGAAUUGGAGUGUGAGAAAAAAAUAUAGAUUUUAAACAUCAA